AUGUUUUGUUCAGAUUACAGUGGAGUAGCUGAAUCCUCUGACUCAGAAGAUGGGAAACCAUGUCAUGUUGAUAAAACCCAACCUUACAAGCAUCCUUCUGCAAGUGCAGCAACCAAAAUGACCAGUACCCACAAUGAUGGCACCACAUCUAAAACACAACCAAAAACAUCCACCUCAUCUGGCCAUGGAACAAGACAUACCCAGAAAAAACCAGUUACUGUCCACGAUAACUGGCUUAUCAUGCCCUAUUUGUCAGAAUGUUUCAACUGUCAACAAACGUAUGAGUCUUUCUGCCAAUUAGCCUUGAAGUUGUUACGGUUGCCGAAAGCACACAUGGUAUUAGCAAUAUGUGCAACUAUAGUGAUAUUUCUUUUGGUAUCAGCAGUAGCUCUGACUUACAAGGUGCUCCUUAUCCAAGCCAAGCUAGAAACUUUACAGCUUUGGUCACCUGCCUUAAAAAAUUUAUAUAGGGAUAAGAUGCAUUCAGAUAUCUACGUAAAACAAAGCCCAGGGCACAGUGCACUGGUUUUUUAG